AUGAAGACCUCUGUUCCCCUUCUCACAAUUCUUUCCGCUUCCUUUGUGGCAGCGGCUCCAGCGCCUUUCGCAGGCAAUGGACCAGCAAUCGCUGCUCGCGCCCAGGAUGCGGCCAUUGCCAACCUGAACUUUGGUCGUCGCGAAGAAGAGGUUGUGCACAAGUUUGGCGAAAAGGCCCUAAAGCUCCGCGGUGUGCUCUUGGCCGCACGGGGUAGUAUGGCUAAGGAUAAUGCUAAUGCAGAAGAUGCUGCUGCUGCUGAUGGCAACGCUAAAGACCAGGCAGCACAGGAUGCUGCCGCUGCUGCAGAAGAAGAACAAGCUCAGGGAAAUGGCAAGAACAACGCCAAAGAUCAAGCCGCUCAGGAAGCCGCUGCAGCCCAAGAUAAACAAGCAGCAGAGGAUGCUCAGGCACAGCAAGACGAGGCUGCUGCUGGAGGCAUGAAGCAAGACAAGGCUGCCGACCAGGCUGCCGCUGAAGCUGAUCAGGCACAGCAAGGUGCUGCUGCUGCCGAUGACCAAAAGGCAGCGGCCGAGCAGAAGGCGGCGGCCGACCAAAAAGCAGCAGAGGAGCAAGCUGCAGCCGAUCACAAAGCUGCAGCAGAGCAAAAGGCAGCAGAGGAGCAGGCGGCAGCUGAUCACAAGGCAGCGGCCGAGAAGGAGGCUGCUCAGAUGGAGCAGGCCGCAGCAGGGCAAGCAAACAAUGCCACUAUGGGAGCCGAUCAUCAAGCUGCUGCUGACCAGAAAGCCGCUGCUGAACAAGCCGCCGCUGAACAAGAGGCGGCUCAAAUGGAGAAGCACAAGGGUGCUGCCGCCGAUCAAGCUGCUGCUGAACAGGAAGCCGCCCAGAUGGAGAAACAGAAGGGUGCCGCUAACGAUCAAGCUGCUGCUGAUCACAAGGCUGCUGCUGACCAGAAAGCCGCUGCUGAACAAGCCGCUGCUGAACAAGCCGCCGCUGAACAAGAGGCGGCUCAAAUGGAGAAGCACAAGGGUGCUGCUGCUGCCGACCAAGCCGCCGCCGACCAAGCUGCUGCCGACCAGCAGGCCGCUCAAAAGGAGAAGCAAAAGGGAGCUGCUAACGACCAAGCCGCCGCUGACCAAGCCGCCGCCGACCAGGCCGCCGCUGAACAGCAGAACAGCUGCAACAUUGGUGCUGACCAGGCUGCCCAAGAUGCUGCUAACCAGCAAGCGGAGUUGGCUAAGGGAAUGCAAGACGCUGCUGCCGGUGGAGCUGCUCAAGCAGGAAAUGCUACAGCUGGCGCUGGCGGUAACAACGGCAAGGGUAAGGGUAAGGGUAAGGGCAAGGGUCAUGGCAAGAACAAUGGCAAGAACAACGGCAAGGGCAACGGUGCCAACGCUCAAGAUGGAGCCGAUAGGGGUGCUGGUAUGGAUGCUGGUGCUGCCGCUGAUGCACAAGCUGGAGCCGACGCUGGUAUGGGUGCCGACGCCCAGGCCGGUAAGGGCAAGGGCAAGGAUGCUGACGCUGCUGCUCAGGCUGGCAAAGACGCCGGCAUGGGUGCUGGGGCUGCCGCCGACGCUGGAGCUGCCGCUGAUGCUCAGGCUGGCAAAGACGCUGGCAUGGGCGCUGCCGCCAACGCUGGAGCUGCCGCCGAUGCUGAGGCUGCUGCUGGCGCUCAACAGCAGAAGGCUUCAGGCAUGAGGCGCAACGCGAGGAGGACAAUUGCCUUCCGUGCCUAA